ACUCCACUCCAUAAAGCUGUUUUAAAUGGUCAUAUAGAAGUUGCUAGACUCUUGGUAAAGCAUGGUGCAAAUGUAAAUGAUAAAAACCAUUUAAAGGUAACUCCAUUAGAACUAGCCAUUAGGGUAAAUAGAAUUUGGUGUGUAGAGAUAUUAAUUCAAUGGGGCGCAGAUUUAAAUGUUGUUGACAAGAAUGGUAGAUCUCCACUUCAUUGGGCAAUUUAUUUAGGUGAUCCAAAGUUAUUGGCAAUUUUAAUUAAAUAUGGCUAUAAACUCUUUACGUUUGACGACCUUAACCAAACUCCACUCCACAAGUCAGUAAUUAAUGGAAAUAUGAAGCUUUUAGAACUAUUAAUGUCCCGUGGUGCUAGUAUUAAUUGUAAU